UAAAUUAAUAUAUGCUUUGCUUGCUGUUGUGUUGUGAAACCAAAUAGAAGCGUGGAUUUUUAUUCAAUUUAAAUUAAGGUUUUUGCUUUAUUUAAUUUAUCCGUAGGUGUCAAGUGAUAAGUGUAAUAUAUACAUCAAAUAACAUGGAAGGGAAACCCACAAAAAUGCCAAAAGUGGCAAAGGUGAAAAACAAAGCGCCAGCGGAGAUACAAAUUACUGCUGAACAGCUUCUAAGAGAAGCUAAGGAAAGAGAUUUGGAAAUACUUCCACCGCCGCCGAAACAGAAAAUAUCCGACCCCGAGGAGCUUAGAGACUAUCAACAUCGUAAACGGAAAGCAUUUGAGGAUAACAUUCGAAAAAACAGGCUUGUGAUAGGUAAUUGGUUGAAGUACGCACAAUGGGAGGAGUCACAAAAGCAGGUGCAGCGAGCUCGCUCAAUUUACGAGCGGGCUCUGGACGUGGACCACAGAAAUGUUACCUUGUGGCUGAAAUAUACAGAGAUGGAGAUGCGCAACAGGCAAGUAAAUCACGCAAGGAACCUGUGGGACAGAGCCGUUACGAUCCUGCCGAGGGUUUCUCAGUUCUGGUACAAGUACACUUAUAUGGAGGAAAUGUUGGAGAAUGUGGCCGGAGCUAGACAAGUGUUUGAAAGAUGGAUGGAAUGGCAGCCAGAUGAGCAGGCGUGGCAGACAUACAUCAAUUUUGAACUGCGCUAUAAAGAGUUGGAGAGGGCACGACAAAUAUACGAAAGGUUUGUAAUGGUCCACCCUGAUGUUAAAAACUGGAUAAAGUAUGCCAGAUUUGAAGAAAAUCAUGGAUUCAUCAAUGGUUCAAGGAAAGUAUAUGAAAGAGCUGUUGAAUUCUUUGGAGACGAGGAAUUAGACGAAAGACUAUUCAUAGCAUUCGCGAAAUUUGAGGAGAAUCAAAAAGAACAUGACAGGGCAAGGGUUAUAUACAAAUAUGCUUUAGAUCAUAUUCCAAAGGAUAAAAAUAAAGAAUUGUACAAAGCGUACACUAUACAUGAGAAGAAAUAUGGGGACAGGUCUGGUAUUGAAGAUGUCAUAGUCAACAAGAGGAAAUACAUGUAUGAGCAGGAAGUCAUAGAGAAUCCUACUAACUAUGACGCGUGGUUUGACUAUAUCAGGCUUGUGGAAAAUGAAAGCAAUCCUGAGGACAUCAGGGAUACUUAUGAAAGAGCCAUUGCGAAUGUACCACCUUCCAAAGACAAACAAUUUUGGCGCCGAUACAUUUACUUAUGGAUCAAUUAUGCUUUAUAUGAAGAAUUAGAGGCAGAAGACAUCGAAAGAACGAGACAAGUAUACAGAACAUGUUUAGAAUUGAUACCUCAUAAAAUAUUUACUUUUUCAAAAAUAUGGUUGAUGUAUGCCCAAUUUGAAGUUAGAUGUAAGGAUCUGAAACAAGCUCGGAAAACUCUGGGGAUGGCUUUGGGUAUGUGUCCGAGAGAUAAAUUGUAUAGAGGAUACAUUGACUUGGAGAUCCAAUUGAGGGAAUUUGACAGAUGCAGAAUAUUGUACCAAAAGUUUUUAGAAUACGGGCCAGAAAACUGCAUAACUUGGAUCAAAUUUGCCGAGUUGGAGACGUUGUUAGGAGAUAUUGAUAGAGCCAGGGCGAUAUAUGAAAUUGCUGUGGGACAACCACGGUUAGACAUGCCUGAGCUCUUGUGGAAGAGUUUUAUUGAUUUUGAAGUGUCUCAAGGAGAAACCGAGCUAGCCAGACAGUUAUAUGAAAGACUGCUAGAAAGAACUGUUCAUGUGAAAGUAUGGCUCUCAUAUGCUAAAUUUGAGUUGAACGCUGAGAACCCAGAUAACAUCAAUAUAGAAUUAGCUAGAAGAGUGUAUGAAAGGGCUAAUGAUAGCCUUCGUAGUGCUGGUGAGAAGGAGUCCAGAGUGUUGCUUUUGGAAGCCUGGAAAGAUUUCGAAACUGAAAUUGGGGACGAAAUUAAACUUGAGAAGGUACUGUCGAAAAUGCCUAGGAGGGUUAAAAAGAGACAGAAGAUUGUCAGUGAGGAUGGAAUUGAAGAAGGUUGGGAGGAAGUUUUCGAUUAUAUUUUCCCAGAGGAUGAAAUGGUAAGACCGAACUUGAAACUUCUUGCCGCUGCUAAACAAUGGCGAAAACAGAAAGAAGUCACAGAGGAGCCCGAUGGGGAGAAAGAGACAGAAGAUGUACAGCAAGAUCAAACAGAAAGCUUCACACCCCCAUUGGAUAAUGAGAACAGUAAUUAAUUG